AUGGCGCACUACACCCCCUCCUCCACCGCCGCCGACCAAGGCAAGACCACCACCAUCGCCGGCUGGACCAUCACAACACACAAGCUGCCCAUCCUCAAGUCCGGCGAGAUCGAUGCCAUGACGCAGACGCUCGGCAUCGCCCCGCCCGAGAUGAUCUUUGGCAACAACGGCGUGUCCAUCCAGCACGACGCCAGUGGAUGGGGCGUCACCUUCAAUGCGCUCGACGCCCUCAGCGGCGUCGAUAAGACGGGCGAGAGCAUGCUGAAGGUGGCCUACAGCGAGAGCUGGACAAAGAUGAGGGAGCGCGUGCAUGAGGAUAUUAGGGAGGUGGUGAAGCCGUUCGACUGGACGUAUACCACUGCCUACAGGGGGAGCGUGCCGGAGACGGCAACCCCGCAGUUUACGCCGACAGAGGAGACGAUACCGUUUGACCGGCUCAAGCGGCCGGACCCGAUCCUGCUUUUUGACGAGAUUGUGCUCUACGAGGACGAGCUGGCGGAUAAUGGCAUUGCGAUCCUGAGCGUCAAGAUCCGCGUGCACCCCGAGCGCCUGUUUGUGCUGUCAAGAUUCUACCUUAGGCUCGAUGGCGUGCUGGUGCGCGUGCGCGAUACGAGGGUGUUUGUGGAGUUUGCGACGGGGGAGGUGUUGAGGGAGUAUCAGGCGAGGGAGGAGACGUAUGCCAAUGUUCGGAAUAAAAUGUAUGGGCGUUCGCCGGAUGAGAUACCGGGAUUGAUGAGGGACCCGCAGUAUGUGUGCGAGUUGACGCCUGUGGUGGAGACGCUCAGGGAGAAGGCAGUUGUCGGCGCUGCUGUUUCUGGGAGCGGGUAG